CUAUCCAUAUAAUUCCCGCCAAUCUGUCUCUGUCCACUAUUUUUGUCUUCGUCCUGCUGUCCCGUCCCUUCUCAGUCAACUCCUGCGAACCUCCUCCCUCUCUCCUUACGAAUAAAUCCCUCCACCUCUCUGUUCUCAGCUUCACUCUCUCCCAAUUGCAGUGCGUGUCUUGGUUUGUCCAACCAAUUUGUAGGUGUAAGUGUAACCCAGACUCGAUGAAUACGAUGGAGAUGGAUAUCCCGGAGUGUCCUGUGUGUCUCCAAGUCUACGAUCCCCACCAGGUGAUCCCCAGGGUCCUCGCCUGCGGACACUCCCUCUGCCAACUCUGCAUCGUCAACCUCCCUUCCCACGAUAACUUCGCUGGCACCAUCCGGUGCCCUCAGUGCAACCACCUGGUCCCCUUUCCGCCUCAAGGCCCCUCUGCCCUCCCCAAAAACAUUGACCUCCUCCGACUCGUCCGGACCUCGGCAAAUCCGAAAACCUCUCCUGGCAAUGGUUCCGACCCUCAUCUCAAAACCCUAGCCAAUUCUGAUUUCGACGAUAAUUGCAGCAAUGUCAGAUUUGCGCGUUCCUUUGAUGCAAGCUUCUACGAGACAUGGAGAGAGUAUGUGAUCCCGAGCGAAGCCAUUGAGGCCUCCUCCUCCUCCACAACAAAGGGGAGCGAUGAAUUCGUGGAUAUGCAAUUCGAAGGAAGAGUGAUGUUUUCAUGGAGGAAUUGGUUGAAAAAGGAUCAGGAGGUGAGCCUUUUGCCUGUUGCGCGGGAUUCCUCUCUGUCUGGUUCUCAACGGUUGCGUUUGAGCUACAUGACACGAGUAAUGGAAAUGCUUAAUAGGUUGAGAAAGGAGCAGAGGGAAGAGCUUGAGCUUCUCUUGAAAGCCUCUAUGCUUAGACGCAGACUUUCCAGGACUUAUGGGUUAUGGAUGGAUUCAGAUGGGGUUCUUAUGCUGGUCUUUGAGAGGAUAGCGCACCAUGGUUCUGCUUUAGAUUUUGAUUUCUUGGUGGACUCUGAUGAGUUGCAGGGUGGGUUUUCAGAGCAUGGUCUGGAGAUGAUAUUGAGAAUAGGCUUAGAGCUCUGUGAAGCUUUCAUGGAGUUGCAUGCGGAGGGCAUAGCCAUUGGAUAUUUAGGUCCUUCGUGUUUUGGUAUUGAUGAAUUGGGUCUCGUGGUUCUGGACUUGAAGAAUGUUUUGUUGAUUGGGAGGGGAAUAAGGAUGUUCCUUGAUCAAGACUGUACCUUUUCUGAUCUAGUCAGGGCACAAAAAUUCUUGAGCCCAGAGCUGUUUAAUGCACUUUCCAAUGAUUUGUUGCCAUCGAGAGGGGGGUUUUCUUUUUCGUUCAAAUCAGAUAGUUGGACAUUGGCAUGUGUUUUUCUGCACCUUAUUUUCAAUCAGAAAUCAAGAAUUGAGGAGUUCUUCUGCACAAUUUGCUCAAGAAGCGAUGAAACAGUUGUUUUGAAGGAGAAAUUAGCUUAUAUAAUGGAGCUGUUAAACUCAAACAAGCAAUUCGAACCGUUGGGGUAUCUCCUCUCCAAAUGUUUAGAUUAUGACACAGAGAGUCGCCCUGAUGUGAUUGAUAUUUGGAGAUGUAUGAGAACUGAUCUCAUUGAAUCUCCUUGGAAUUCUACUGUGUCUGGUUUGGUUACUCAAGAAGAAGCUGUAUGUUGCUUAGUUGCUGGGGAGUUGCUCGUUUUGUCCAAUACUGUUGAACGCACUAUGCAAAAAAUGCAAAAAAAAAGUGACUCUCAUUUGAGUUCAGUGGAAACUAGUGGGAAUGGUAAUACUGAUGGAAAUGACGAGGGGGGUUCAAAUAUGGUGCCUGACAUGGAAAGCUUGACCUUGGAUGGCCACCAUGAUUGCAUCACAGGUUUAGCAAUCUGUGGUGAUUAUCUUCUGAGCUCCUCGUUUGAUAAAACUAUUGGUGUGUGGUCCUUGAAGGACUUCUCGCAUGUACAAUUUUUAAAAGGUCAUGGGCAUAGAAUAGUAGCACUACUUGUUGUGCAUGCAAAGGAAACCUUGUGCGUAAGUGGUGAUAGUGGAAACAAUAUUUUUGUAUGGACCAUCAGUCCUGUGCUUGUCCAUGAGCCUAUAAAGAAAUGGUCCGAACAUAAUGAUUGGCGUUACAGUGGUGUCCAUGCUCUGGCUGCUUCUGGGGCCAACUACCUUUACAGUGGAAGUGGGGAUAAAUCAAUAAAAGUUUGGUCUCUAGAGGAUUACACUCUCAUAUGUACAAUGACUGGACAUAAGUCUGCAGUUUCUUCCAUGGCAGUAAAAGAUGGGAUCCUUUAUAGUGGAAGCUGGGAUGGAACUGUUCGUUUAUGGUGGAUUAAUAGCCAUACUCCUCUUGCUGUACUAGGAGAUGAUGCUUCCAGUAGUGUGAGCUGUGUGUCAGCCCUUUCAGUGGACCACAGUAUACUUGUUGCAUCUUACGAGAAUGGCUCUAUAAAGAUGUGGAGGAAUGGUGUGCUUUUGAAUUCGGAGCAAAUCAAUGGGGGUGCUAUUGUUGCCCUUGAAAUGAGAAGCAAAUGGCUAUUCACAGGAGGUUGGGAUAAGAUAGUGAAUAUACAUGAAUUGCAAGAACGUGAGUUUGAUGUGGAUAUCAGACCAGUUGGGGUUGUGGACUGUGAUACAGUUGUGACCUCGUUACUGUAUGGCAAUGGAAAGCUUUUCAUUGGGCUGUCUGGAAAGGUCAUCAAGGUAUACCAUCACCCUUCCUGAGAUCCAUUAAGUCAAAAUCCAAUCCUUGGCAGUUGGUGGCAUGUGCUUUUCAUUGAUAUGGUUUUUGGUGGUUUGAUCAGUUUGUCGACAUUUUUCCAUUGGGGAAGGAGAUUAAAGGAAGCUGAGGCUUCCUUUGCUAUGGAGCCUGGAAGAAGACACAUGUGAGAUUGCCCAUCGCUGAAUGUACAAAAGGAAUAUAGCAAACCAUACCGUGUUGGCCACAACAUUAUGCAAGACAGAUUCCGGUGAAAUUUGUUAAAUGCAUCUUUAUUCCAGCUCCGCUUUUGUUCUCCUAAAUUAACAUGUGACGAUUCUCUUUAUGUUUUAUGUUCUCUCUGCCCAGAUUUGCAUGUUUUUACUUAACAAAAGCAAAUUUUACAAAACUAAUGCUAUCAUUAAGAAAUGGGAUUGUAUACUAUAAGGCCAUUCACUUUGGUACACAGAGGUUACAUUUACUCUUAGCCAUUGGAUGUGAAAUUUGACAAAUUGGGGUGUAUCACAAAGUUGAAGAAAUUUUAUUUGGGACCUUAUGCAUAGUCAAUGACAUAUCGCCAGCCACGUUGCACAUCAAAUGGUCAAUAUUGAGUAUGACCUUGUUACCAAAGUAAUGGCCUUAAUGUAUAUUUAUCCUUGAGAAUAGUCCCUUCCUAAAUAGUAUGUGAAUAUACUUAACCAUCAUUUGAUUUGAGACUUCCUAUAGGCAUUGUUCUAGAGUCCACCAUCUUGUGAACUGUUCUAUGAGUGUGGCAUCAAUGUUUGUUAUACAAAAAGUAUCUAGUACUUGGAAAAGUGUAUUGUGCCGUGGGGAGUGUAAUUCAACAUUAGUUUCCCUAACGCACCAAUCAUCCAUCUUAAAGAUGGAUGGAAAAAAGUGAUACUCCCACUAUCGAUUAAGGCUAAAGGUAACAAUCGUUCUUCAAUUUUUUUUAUUUUAAAGUUUUACAAAUGUAUUUGUUUUUACGUAUUAACGAUCUCUAUGUUAGAGAUUGUAUAUUUCUAACUAAAAUUCAUCUAAAGAACAAAUCAUGGAGAGAGGAUGCACAUUUACAUAUGAGUUAGCAGUCUCAUACAAACUGUGUACCCAAUACUUUAGCUUAAAAAUUGAAUAUAUUGAGACGUGUCUAUACAAUUAGUAUAAAGAUGGGGGAGGGAGGACACUAUUAUAAGGUUUAAAUCCCACCCAAAGCCUUCAAUUAAUAUUCUAUUAUUUUAGGAUAUUAAAGGUAUCCUAAAAGUAUGUGUCCACAUACGGUGAAAAAAGAUCAAUAUCUGAACGCUUCAUCAUCAUGGUUUUUUUCAAUUAUUUAGGAUAAGCUAUAUGAAUCUUGGUCUGAAAUUUUACUCUAUCAAGGGUUGCAUCUAGAUGGCUUCAUGAAAGGGGAUAUGUACACUAAGAGCGAUUGAAGUUAAUAUCAUCAAAGGAUGAGCAUCAUGUCUCAAUGAGAGUCAUGGUUAGCAAGAGGGACAUAUUCAUGGCCACGACGUUUUUCCCUCUCUU